AAAAUAAUUUAAUAUCUCACUCAAUAAAAAUACUUGUGUAUUAGGCUUAAUAGUUUACAAUACAAAUGAUCCGUUAGCGCGUCAAGCUUUUGAGAACACAUAUUCGAUUAUAGUGAUUACAACGAGAAGGCUGUGAAACUGACAAAAGCGCGCCGCCAUAUUGCGUGCUUGUGUUUAGUUACUGUUCUGGCGCGUGGUCAAGAAUUAUUAUACUCUUAAUUAAUUACCAUGUCCGAGAAUCAGGAACAGAAACCUGAAGCCGGCCCAGGAGACGCGAAUUCUGAAUACAUCAAGCUAAAAGUCGUCGGAAAUGACAGCAACGAAAUUCACUUUAGGGUAAAGAUGACCACCCAAAUGGGCAAGCUUAAGAAAUCGUACAGUGAUCGUGUGGGAGUACCUAUGACAUCGCUGAGGUUUCUUUUUGAUGGUAAAAGAAUUAAUGAUGAUGAAACACCAAAGCAGUUGGAAAUGGAAAAUGAUGAUGUAAUUGAGGUAUAUCAAGAACAAACAGGUGGUCUCUAUUGAAAAAAUUAUAAAGUAAUAUCAUGCAAUUUGGUUUUAAUAUUUUCUAAAGUGAAAGUGACUAUCAUAAGAAAAGGACAAGUUUAUUAAUAUGCAUAUAUAUGUUAAAGAAAAACAAUAUGUAGUUCCAUUUUCAUAUAAUAUUCUAAAUGUGCUGUUCUACAUUCCUGUAACAAGGCAAGUCUAAGGACCAGCAACACAAUCAAUCUUUUGUAAUGUAUACAUUCAUUGGUUAAAAAAUCAGUUAAGGCGAAUAAUUGAGACUACCGGUUCUAUUAAAAUAUUCGAUGUUUUACGUAUUACAUAUAAUCCCUGUUUAAUUAAUUAGUUGUAGAUGUCAAAGAAAAAAAAAAAAGAAUUCGUUAUUAGUUCCGUUAAAAGUAAAACAAGAAGGUAAAUUUUAGAUAAUAUGAACGUGGUUUAACAAAAUUGUUGCAUUUAAGGUACAUCUGUAAUAAAAAAAAAAAGUAACAACAA